CUGUUAGACUGACUGUCAGUGUCAGCACAGAGUGUGCUUCUCUUGCUCCUUACACCAGCGCUGCCAGUGGCUGGGGGUACUGACUUGCUCUGCUUGUGCCCCUGGAGGUUGGUGCUGCCCUGCCCAGCAUUGUUAGCUAGCCCCGGCACAGCACUCCUUGCCUUCUCACCUCCCUUUGUUCUUAUUGCUGUCCCCUUCCCCCAUUACCUGCUCUGUUCCACUCUGCCUUAGCACCUUGUCUCCAUCUCUGGUGCCCCUCCACCUGCAGCCCCUGCCCCUGUCCCUAGCUGGAUGUGUGCCUGGGAAAGGUGAGCUCACCGUGCCGCCUGGGGAUGGAUGCUACUGGGAUGGGAGCUUCAGGGAGCCGCUAUUUGUAAGAACCGGAUCGGGGACAAACACACCGGGACUCAGCAUCACUCCGGGCACUUCUCCGCUAAGGCUACCGGCACCGCAGCACCAUGAACACCAGCUUGCCAUAUCAGCAUAGCUCCUACAAUCCUGGGAAUUCAGGUCCAAUCCAAUGUUAUCGCUGUGGAGAAACGUGCAAGGGAGAGGUGGUGAGAGUGCAAACCAACCACUUUCACAUUCGCUGUUUCACAUGUCAAGUCUGUAACUGUGAUCUGGCCCAGUCUGGCUUCUUCUUUAAGAACGGAGAGUAUAUCUGUACGCGGGAUUACCAGCAGCUCUAUGGAACCCGCUGCGACAGCUGCAGAGACUUCAUUACGGGGGAAGUCAUUUCUGCCCUUGGACGAACGUAUCACCCCAAAUGCUUUGUGUGCAGCAUUUGCAGGAAGCCUUUUCCUAUUGGAGACAAGGUGACCUUCAGAGGCAAAGACUGCGUGUGUCAGAACUGUUCCCACUCUUUAGUCAGUGACAAACCCAUCAAGAUUCAUGGGCCAAGCCACUGUGCAGGGUGUAAAGAGGAGAUUAAACAAGGCCAGUCCCUGCUAGCGCUGGAAAAACAGUGGCAUGUCAGUUGCUUCAAGUGUCAGACAUGUGGCAUUGUCCUGACUGGAGAGUAUAUUAGCAAAGACGGUGUGCCUUAUUGUGAGUCGGAUUAUCAUGCCCAGUUUGGCAUCAAAUGUGAAACUUGCAACAAAUACAUCAGUGGCAGAGUUCUGGAGGCAGGCGGCAAACACUAUCACCCCACGUGUGCGCGCUGUGUGCGCUGCCAGCAGAUGUUCUCGGAGGGAGAAGAAAUGUACCUAACAGGCUCUGAAGUGUGGCAUCCAAUCUGUAAACAGGCAGCUCGUGCAGAGAAGAAGCUAAAAUACAGAAGGGCAUCUGAGACCUCCAUCUCCCCUCCUGGAUCUAGUAUUGGCUCACCCAAUCGUGUUAUAUGUGCCAAGGUAAACAAUGAGAUUCUAAAUUACAAGGAUUUAGCAGCCCUCCCUAAGAUUAAACCAAUCUACGCAGUGCAGCGCCCUGACCUCAUUUCUUACGAACCUUAUAGCAGAUACACUUCCGAUGAGAUGCUGGAGAGAUACAGCUACGGGGAGGAUAUAUAUGAAGGGAUAGACUUACGUCAGAGAAGGUCUUCUAGCCCUGGGUAUAUAGACUCUCCUCUCUACAGACAACAUGAAGUAUCCCUUACCAUGCCACGCAAUCCCCAGCAUUACUACAUGUCAGGCACAGAUAGUGGGCGCAACUCACCUUUUUAUAGCCAGAUAGACGUACGUUGCUCCCCGCCGACCCAUUACCAAGUUCCACGGCAUUUCCACAUACCAGCCGCUGCAGAGAGUAACAUUUACCGGAAACCCCCCAUCUAUAAACGGCAUGCAACGAAAAGCAAAACAAGUGAAGAUCUUGUACAGUCUUCUAAAUAUCUUCCAGCAUAUCCCCAUGAACUGUACUACCCACCUGAAUCUGAGUUUUGGAUGUAUUCCCCAAAAGUGCCUCGAGCACGGAGAUAUUCAUCAGGAGGAGAGGAAGAUGGCUUUGAUCGGAGCAUGCAUAAGAUCCAGGGAGGGAUUGGACGAAUGAUCCUAAAGGAAGAGAUGAAAGCUCGGUCCUACGCUGACCCUUGGACGCCUCCCCGAAGUUCUGCCGGCAGUAAGGAAGCUCUUCACACUGCAGGAUACGAGGCUUCUCUUAAUGGAUCUCCCACCAGGCGUUAUCUGACUGACAGUGAUCCCCUGAUUUCAAAAUCAGCCUCACUCCCAGCCUACAGGAGAAACGGAUUGCACAGGCCUCCUAGCACAGAACUUUUUCACUACGACAGUGCCAACGCUGUGAAUUGGGGAAUGCGUGAGUACAAGAUUUAUCCAUAUGAAUUACUUGUUGUCACCACUAGAGGGAGGAAUAGACUUCCUAAAGAUGUAGACAGAACACGCUUGGAGCGCCAUCUGUCCGCAGAAGAGUUCUAUCAGGUGUUUGGAAUGACCAUAUCAGAGUUUGACCGCCUAGCGUUGUGGAAAAGAAAUGAGUUGAAAAAGCAAGCCAGGCUCUUCUAAUCCUGUCCAACAUGUGCCUCAGAUAUAAAUAAACACCUCUAUAAAUAUAUUUAUAAAUAUAUAUAUAUAUAUAUAUAGAUCUUCUGUAUGAUUACCACAUACCAUAUGUAUAUUGUAUUAUAGAAUAAUCUCGCUCCAGGCUGAGACUUUUCUUUUAACCCUUUCAGAAGUGGAAAGGACUACAACCUGUUACUAUGCAAUGCGUUGCAAUCCCUUUUACCACUGAGAAGGUUAACCUGAGCUGAGAGGUAUUUUGAACUCUCACUUAUAUUUUUUAAUGCUGUUUUUUUCAUUUUCUAUACACUGCUGUUUCUGAGAGAGUUUAAACCUUCACUAACAGGGAGAAUACAUAGUACAUAACACAUAGCUUUUACCCAUAUGGUUUUGGUUUGGCAUUACUCAUUUCAGUACUUGAAAUUAUAUCCAUUCUGUAACAAAAUUACCAAUAGAAGUCAACUUAUUGGCUAUAGGUCAAAGCAGCCUUAUCCUGAGUUGCUAAAAAUGCCAUAUGACUUGCCAUAUGCCUGCUGUGACACCUGAUAACCAAUUGGGCUGCAUUUCUGUAGGGGUGUACCCUACAUGCCACCAAUUAAUUCAGGAUAUCUGGCCAUUAACUGGGAGAGCCAUUUACAACUGAUCUUGGCAGCAGCCAAAAGCCAUGAUCCUAUAUUAGCGCCCAUGUCUCCAAGGUGUGCCAGGCCUUCUCCCUGCAGCUAAUGAAAGGAUAACAAUUCCUUGCACUGUGAAUGUCAAAGUUUUUUUUCUAUUAAAAUUGUUUACGGACCCAAACACCUUAUAACACCCACAGCACAUGAAAGGAAAGGGAAGUACUCAGUAUUUCUGUGGCCUUACAAAUCAUCACAGUUUUGUUGCACAGACAUUCCCCUCUGCCUCACUCUGCCCUUAACUCUACUCCCUUUGCCCUUUAUGGCAUAUACUAGUUUAUAUAUAUACUAGCUGUGAAAAGCAAAGAGUGACAACAGGCAGCAAACUGGAACCUUAAUCAUUUACUAACAUUGGUGCUGAAUUGCACAAGUGCAGUUGCACACAGCGGCCAAAAAAGCAUAAAAGCAAAGAUCUGAUUGGUUGCCAUGAGCCAUUUGUCAUUUAACACCUAUAUUAAUAAAUCAGUCCCUCUCUGCUUUGCAUAUAUUCCCUGCCAUACAGGUUACAGGUCCAGUAACCUAUAGCAACCAAUCAGCAGGCACCUUUUAUUGGUCACCUGUUUGAAAGCAAACAUCUCAUUGGUUGCUGUGGGUGACUGCACCGGGCAAACACAGCACCUUUUGUUACAUAUAUGGGUUGCCUGUAAACAGGUAGAAAAUGAGCUGUAUUUCAAAACCAUCCUUGACAUUUCUCAUUCACUUGAAUAGGAAACAGCUGACAGCAGCAGUACUGGCGCUUCUCAGCCCAAGAAUAUUCUAGUUCAGGGAUGGGCAAAAUUUUUAGCUCAGGGGCCACCUUGACUUUUAAAAUUUGACAGACGGGCCGGACCAGUGUAACGCCGUAUCUGAUUGUCAGUCCAAGUCUCACGUGAUGAGACUUGUGGAAAAAAAAGACCAAUGGGCCGGAUGUGGCCCACGGGCUGUAGUUUGCCCACCCCUGUUCUAGUUGAUUCUCUAGCAAAGAGAAUACAGCACGCGCCAUAAGCUUAAUGCUACAGUCAUUUUGCCUAAUAUAUUUUGACUUUGCUUGAAAUGUGGUAUAGGAUGCCCCCAAAUCGAUAUUACAGCUUAUGAAAACACAGAUAUUUUUCCUUGCUUUUGUCUCUUGUGUGAGUUUUCAGGAGAGAAUUGCUUGAAAAUCAAAUGUUUUGCCAUUUUCACGAUACCCCUAGGAAACAAGGUUGCAGAUGAUUUUUACACCAUAUUGAAAUAAAUGUAAACUAAACCCCCAGGGAAUGCUAUUUGAAGCAGUAGGCUUGCUUUUUGUCAGGACAAAUGGUGGUCUCUAGACAGUCUGUGAUUUUAAAAUUAAUUCCCAGCCAUUAAAACUUUAAUUAGACAAAAGAAAGUUCAAAUUCCAUCCUGCUUUAAAUCUUUGCAUGUAAUUUUAUUAAUACGGGUAUGGCAUCCCUUAACUGGAAACCCAUUAAACCCCAGAAAGUUCCGAAUUACGGCAAGGCUAUCUCCCAUAGACUCCUUUAUAAGCAAAUAAUUCAGAUUUUUAAAAAUGAUUCCCUUUUUCUCUGUAAUAAUAAAACAGUACCUUGUACCUGAUCCCAACUAAGAUAUAAUUAAUCCUUAUUGGAGGCAAAUCAUUCAUAUUGGGUUUAUUUUAUGUUUUAAUAAUUUUUUAGUAGACUUAAGGUAUAGAGAUCCAAAUUCUGGAUAACAGAUCCCAUGCCUGUACUCUGGAUCACCAGAGAAUGGUUACUGCCAUAAAUCCUCUUACAAGGUUAACAUGGGGCCCUUACUAGCCUGUGAUUAGGGAGAGCUUGGAAGAUGGCCAACGGUACAAGAAAUGAGCAAAGUAAGGUAGUAAUAGCACUAUGUCUUACCUUACACAUAAGGUAACAUUUGGCCUGCCCAGUACAUUACAUGGUUUAGACACCCAUGUGUGUGAGGCCAUAAUGUAGUGAUCCAACUGCACCAAAUGUGGUGGUGACCAUUCUAGGGUACAAGCCUACUACUUCCAUUCUCCAGUCAGGGCAUUAAUUGGCUACAUUUUCCAUUGUUACCUCUUAAUUGGUGUGACACACAAGGACUCGUGAGCACACAGUUCAGUGGGUGUUGUGUGAAUUAAUUGCCCACUAUAUGACUAGAUUCCCUCAGUUUUCACGGGCUCAUGGAGCUGACUUUAAGACAUUAAGUAAUACACAGUCACACCCAUAUGCCCAUUAAAAUCAUUAUCCCUGGGGCCUUGGAUAGACUGGAGCCUGCAUUCUGUGUGCUAUUUCCUUGGUUUGUAGGGUUAAGUUCCUCAUACAAAGAUAUCUAAGCGGUGUAAUACUUGGAGGUUAGUAUAACCUUGGUGGUGUAAUGCUAGGGGUUAGGUCAAAGAGGUUGAAAGAGAACUGCCUGAGAAAACUAUCUGUGUGGAGUUUAGUGUGUGUGUCUGUCCUAAAAUUGUUAUCAUAUUGUGUAUAUUAUUUAUAUAUGAUAUGUAUGUUGUCAUGAACACAGCUCACACUGUAGCAGAACCCUAGUGACAUCUAGUGGUUAUUCCAGCACCUGUACUUUGUGUUCCUGCUGUGUGUUUUAGUGUGCUCCUUAGAGCUUAAAGAUGUGACUUUGUUGUGCCUCAUGUCUGGCAAAGGAUAUGCCUAAUAAUAAGAGCAAGGAAUGUUUCUUAUCUCAGCAAACUGUGUUUUUAAUGUCACUUGCUAGGCUAAUAAUAUGGGCUGGCAUGGGAAUGUAUAGCACUGGGUAGAAAAUUAAAAGGAGACAUAAUACAAUGGCCACAGUACUUUUGGUCCGUGUAGUGUCCAAAGGAUUGUAUAGUAUCUAUGUAUAUACUUAUGGCCACAGCAGUCAAUAUUUCAUAUUGCCCGCAGGGCUAAUACCCCAUUAUUUAUGUGAUAGGAGCAGUUUAGUAAACUGAUGGGUUCUGGGCACCCAGAAAACAUUAUGCUUCCAAUUUGCUUUUGGGCAUGGACAGCUUUCCCCUUGAGUCUUACAGCUAGUACAUAAAUCACAUUUCUGUUGGAAGCUAUGAUCUCUUGUUCUUUAGCUGUAGUUAAAGUUUAUGGUGCUAUAAUAUGUUGUUGGACAACAGUUCCCAUCAACCAGAAUUCUGUGAGUUGCAAUUUAAUCAAAGCUAAAAAACCACAUGCAGAUCUAUAUUAGUAAAAAGCGUCACAGUAACCCGGGGAACAGAAAUGUGCAGUCCAAUAAUUGAUAUUUUGUUUAGUUAACCAAAAAAUAUGCAUUAACUGUUAAAACAGAGCGUCAGACCUACACCUUACAGUCAAUACCUCCCUAAGUAAAAGGAUAUGUUUCUUGUAAGGGUUAAACAUCAGAACAGGGUUGCUGAUUAGACAACAGAGUAAAACCACAAAUAACACCAUGCCACACAAACAUUCCUUACUGCACUUGCCCUUUGUCUCCCUGAUCCUUACUACUGAUUGAAUCAGUCUAUCACUGAAUGUUACAGGCAAGCCACAGAUGACUUGUGUGCCGCUAAAAAGUAGGGUUUUACUGGAUUCAGUCUGUUUUAUCAGAAACAUCACUUAUCUUUUGUUUGCCUUGCAUUUGGACUCCAGAAAUUUCAAAUAUUAAAACGGCUUCUUCUCUAAGUA